UAAACCAGCCACAGUACACAGAGACACACUCACACUACAAGGAUUGUCUUUGUUAUCCUAAAAAUCCAACAUUUAUCCUCUCAGUCUCAUCUCAUCAAAAUCAAAAUCUGCACAAAUGAAAGCAAUGGCGGUUGUGGUCCGUUGUUCAUGCUUCCUCUCUCGUCCCAACAACUCACUUCCUCAAUUCUGCUCCACCAACUCCAAUCUCCACCUUCCAGGAAAAUUGGGUUGUCUUUCUUUAAAAUUGGACAAGGUCGUGCCACUCUUUAAAGAUACUUUUGACAGCUCUUCUAAAAUUCCUACUGUGCUUCACUGCUCAAACUGUAAGGAAGACAUGCCGCAAAGGUUCCCUUCACUGUUAUUUCUUGCGAGCAAUUUUUUGAUGUUCUCGAUGCCUUGUAAAGCUUUGGCUGAAACAUGUGAGGCUGACAAUAACUCUAUGUUCAAUAUGCCUAUACUGCUAGCAGUAGCUCUCAUUGGAGCCACUGUAGGAGGGUUGGUUGCUAGACAAAGGAAAGGAGAGUUACAGCGGUUAAACGAGCAACUACUCCAGAUCAACGCAGCUUUGAGGAAGCAAGCGAAAAUUGAAUCAUAUGCUCCAAGCUUGAGUUAUGCUCCUGUUGGUAGGAUACCUGAUAGUGAAAUUUUUGUUGAUCCCAAGAAGCAUGAGCUAAUUUCUAAGUUAAAAAGUGGAAAGAACUUUCUAAGGAAUCAACAGCCAGAUAAAGCGUUCACGGAGUUUAUGAUUGCGUUUGAGCUCGCCCAGAAUAUUAAGGAUCCUAUCGAGGAGAAAAAAGCAGCUCGAGGUCUAGGAGCUUCAUUGCAAAGACAAGGAAAAUACCGGGAUGCUAUUAAAUACCAUUCAAUGGUUUUGUCCAUUUCCGAAAGAGAAGGAGAAGAUUCUGGAAGUACAGAAGCUUUUGGUGCAAUUGCUGAUUGUUACACUGAGCUUGGAGACCUUGAAAAAGCAGGACAUUUCUAUGACAAAUAUAUUGCAAGGUUGGAAAAGGACUAAUCAUCACUCUCAUGUUCAAUCUUUCUUUUUCAUGCAUUUUUAUUGUAGUUUAUGUUCCUUGAGUUCAUUAGUUGUAAUUGUUAAGCUAUUAUUGAGAUUGUAAAGUUGGUGUUACACAUUAUUUUGAAGGAGAGUUUCAAUCUCUAGUUUGUGGAAUGAGGCAUAACUAAUUUUAAGAGAAUCAUAGUAUUGGUCCAUGAAAGAUGUGACCGAUUUCAUUUUAGUGUUAGAAUGAUUUUAGUCUCAUCUAUGGUUGCAAAUAAUGUUAUAUAUGAAAUUGGUUAAGUUCA